GCAGCCCUACGGAGCUCUCUCCCGUUCCUCAGUAUUUCUACGCUCAUAAUUCACUAGGCCUGCAUUGAGCGUUACCAUAUGCAUCAGGUUAUGAUUCAUUUUUUCUUCAUUCUAAUAGGCAAAUGAUGAUUCUCAGCGGCGGUAGCUGAGAGGGCGGUAUAGAGAGAGAGACAGAGAGGAGGAGAGAUGAGAGGACGCACAGCGUCAGAUGUUUAGCACAUUCUCGAUCCUCGCCAUCGUUACUGCUGCUCGGUUUUUGCUCAUUUUCCUCCCCUCCGUCGGCCGGGCCCGUGACAUUUGCGGCUCUCGAUGCUGUAAUCCGGGGGAAUAUGUGAAGAUCAUGCUGGCGGUGUGGUGCUUCAUGGUCUUUGCUGCAGUGGGCGAGAGGCUUGCAGUCUCAGAUUUGGACAACAGUCCGGUGCAGGAUGCAGGGGUGUGGGACUGGUUUACCCCGGCAGGGUGGUCGAACAACAGGGACACUGCAUCUGAGAUCAUCUAUCCGAAGCGAAUGGUGCAGCAGAUCGAGUCAGAGGAGGAAAUGGCUCAUGAGCACUUGGAUACCAGGGUGAAGAACAGCACCAGGGACAACUCUCCUGUCCACUUGGCACAGAGCUGUUUCCAAGUGGAAGCCUUUGGACAAACCUUCACUCUGGACCUGGAGCUGAAUCAUCACCUCCUGUCUUCGGAAUAUGUGGAACGGCACUUUAAGAAAGACGGCAGACCCUCUCAGUCAGUGGGAGGGGAGCACUGCUACUACCAGGGAAGGUUACGAGGUUUACCGGAGUCCUGGGCAGCUCUAUCUACCUGCCAUGGCCUGUGCGGCAUGUUCUCUGACGGCUUCUUCUCAUACGGACUUGAGCCUGUUCACAAUCAGAGCUAUCAGGUUGAUGGUGCUCACUUAAUCCGCAGGAUGCCUGAUGUCAGGCUUUCCCCCCAUUGCCCAGACUGUACAGAGGACAGUGAGUGGGAGAGCAGAGGAGGUGAUGGUGAUGACGACAGACCGGACCAAAUGAGAGAGCAGCAGGAGUCUGGGGGGCUGAGACGGUCCAAGAGAUUUGUUCGCAAGCCCUCAGUGCACACUGAGACCAAAUAUAUUGAGUUGAUGGUGGUCAACGACAAUGAAAUGUUUGUACAGCUGCGUCGCUCAAGCAGCCAAACCAAGAACUUUGCCAAAGCAGUGGUCAACAUGGCAGAUGCGAUCUAUAAGGAACAGCUGAACACGAGGAUUGUUCUGGUUGCCAUGGAGACCUGGACCUCUAAAAAUAUGAUGCCAGUAGUGGAAGAUCCAUUGAUAACGCUGCAGAACUUCAUGAAAUACAGAAAGGACAACAUCAGAGAGCAGAGUGAUGUCGUCCAUCUUUUCUCAGGCCGCACAUUUCACAGUAGCCGUAGUGGGACGGCCUACACAGGAGGGGUAUGCACUCUGACAAGGGGAGGAGGUAUCAAUGAGUAUGGGAACGUGGGUGCGAUGGCCGUCACUUUGUGCCAGAGUCUUGGCCAGAACAUCGGCAUGAGGUGGAACAAUGCGCGCAACUCUGCAGGAGACUGCAGGUGCCCCGAUGCCUGGCUGGGCUGCAUCAUGGAAGACACUGGAUAUUAUCUGCCUAGAAAGUUUUCUCGGUGCAGUGUUGAUGAGUACAUCCAGUUCUUGCUCCAGGGGGGAGGGAGCUGCCUCUUCAAUAAGCCCAACAAGCUGUUAGACCCUCCAGAGUGUGGGAAUGGAUUCGUGGAGCCAGGAGAGGAGUGCGAUUGUGGCUCCCAAGUGGAGUGCGCCCGCACCGGAGGAGCCUGCUGUAAAAAAUGCACCCUUACCCAUGAUGCCAUGUGCAGUGAUGGACUCUGCUGCAGUGCCUGCAAGUAUGAGCAAAGAGGAGUGGUUUGUCGAGACGCAGUGAACGACUGUGAUAUCCCAGAAACCUGCACUGGAGACUCCAGCCAGUGUCCUCAUAAUGUCCACAAGCUGGACGGCUACAUGUGUGAUAUCAGUCAGGGGCGCUGUUACGGUGGACGGUGCAGGACUCGUGACGGACAGUGUACGGGACUCUGGGGUUACAACUCCGCAGACAGGUUUUGUUAUGAGAAGCUGAACGCUGAGGGGACAGAGAAAGGCAACUGUGGUCCGGGUCCUGAAGGACAAGGCUGGCUGCAGUGCAACAAGCCGGACGUUUUAUGCGGCUUCCUCUUCUGUGCCAAUGUGACGAUGAAGCCAAAGUUUGGAGACCUGCAUGGUGAAGUGAUCAGCUUCACCAUCUACCACCAGAACAAAUACCUGGACUGCAGAGGGGGCCAUGCUCUGCUUGAGGACGGCUCAGACCUGGGCUAUGUGGAGGACGGCACUCCCUGUGGUCCCAACAUGAUGUGUUUGGAACGACGCUGCCUCCCUGUGGCCGCAUUCAACCUCAGCUCCUGUUCAGGAUCCAACUUCGGACAAAUCUGUUCUGACCACGGGACCUGCAGUAAUGAGGUGAAGUGUAUCUGCGACAGGGACUACACGGGGAAGGACUGCAGUGUCUUUGAUCCGAUCCCUGAGCCGACAGUGCCGACUGGCCCGGAGAAGAAAGGAACAUUCGAAGAGGAAGAUCUGGUGGUGGAUAAGGUGUCUGUCUUUUAUGUGUCCUGUCUACUCCUGUCUUCCUCCAUGCACUGUGUUGUUUCCACAUCGGAGAAGACGGGAACAAAAAGUCUUCCACUCCUGUCCCACAAUCUCUCCAGAACUCUUCCGAUUGUCGUUUCCUCCACGCCACCCCUCUUGUCAGUCCCCCCCCCCCCCCCCUCUCUUGUGGAGCUCCUCUAACCAUACCAGCCCAAUCGCUCCUGUGUGGCUGCUGCCAGGGGGGCCGCUGAGGAUUGUGUCCUGGCCACGCGCAGAGCGAGCGGGUGGCUCUUCCUGCCGGAGGCACCGAGAUAUUCCACCCCUUUCGGUUGGCUUCGAGAAUGUGCUUUGGUGUCUGUGUACGUGCUUUUCUCACAACUUGGACAGUCUGAUAAAGAACAUAUCAACGAUGGACCAAUUUAAUAUGAGACUUUGUCUUUCCAAUGUCUGCCGGCCUGAAAACAAACAAAACUGGCUGCUAACUUAGUCCCCAGCUAAAUGUUGGACUAGCACACAGACUGGCCGUCUAAUUGAAGACUGAAUCAAAAAGGAGCUUCUUCUUUUUUUUUUAAAGGAGAAGAACUUAAGGUACAGGAACUCCAAGGUCAAGCCUUGGUUAGACUGGACAAUUAUCUGUUUUAAAUCACGUUUGGCAACAUGGAAAUACAACUGAAUGAGAUGACACAAGGGAUGGUUAGCAUGUUUUCCAAAGAGAGAGUUAGGAGAGAUUAUUAAUACGGAAUUAUGACUCAAAUCUGGCCAGCCGUUAGCCAGAGCCCAGACUGAUAACUGAGUUUAUGUUCAACGUUAUUUGUACUUUAAACUGGAGGUGUGCCACCUUCCCUGCCCCCCCCCCCCCCCUCCUCUUUCUCCUCCCACACAAGUUUUCAGGUACAAAAAAAGGAAAAUGGUUUUGGGAUCAUUUUAAACCAGUGAACUUUGAAGCAGCAGAGACCGUAACUUAGUGUUUUCAACUACAGAUUGACAAACAUACAUUCCACAAUCAGUGUCUGUGUGCGUGAUCACUUCUUUCAGGCCCAAAGCUUGUACACAUAGGAGGUCGAAUCUGUGUGUCUGCCAUGAAUGAAUGUACAGGUGAAACAGAUUUUUAAAAGAAGAAUGUCUGCGUGUUUACAUUAGUGUUAGGGCCAGUUAGGUUUGUGUACACCUGAACACUCCUAUCACAGGUAGAGAGGCGGGUUUUUACCUCUAGAUUAUUGUCUCUUUCUAUAAACUGUUGUGUGCUGCAGCCAUGGCACUGUUUAGGCAGCACAUUAAUAAAGAAUUCAACAGUUUUUAUGUCAUGAAAAUGAGCACUAGCCAACUGUAUGCACACCUAUUUGUAAAUAUGUGCAAGUUAUACUGAAUGUUAAAUACACUGUAUGAAGAUUUAUUUAAAAAGCUAUGUUAAAAUAAUGAGUUCUAUCUGUUUCAGCGAACAUACAGCCUACAUCUGCAGAUCUCUCCUGUACUCAACACUCCCCUUGCAUCUCUUUUGUCAUUCCAGCUAUCACUACUGAAAUGUUCUGAAUCUUUUGUACAUUUGUCGAUAGCCCUGAGCCCACGGGUGAACGCCUCCGCCUGGAGGCUUUGUGAUGAUCCCCACUCUGUAAACGAGAUUAAAGAGAUCUGGUCUUGGGUACAGGAGGCAGCUUGUCUGAAACUGUAUGUGUGUAUGAGGUCCGUUUGGUUCAUUUGAGCUUUGCACUACAGCAGAUGCACUAUUGUUAUUAUUACAAUAUGUACAGAGUUGGUAUCAAAUACAAAGUUUGAUUUUAAGUUCUAGAGAAAAAAAAAGAUGAAUUAAGAUUCAUCCCUAGCCCAUAUUUUUAGACACUCGCUUUUGAAAUGAGAUGAAAAGAACAAAAGCUUGUAAUUCAAUUGAAAUGGACGGAAAAUAAAAUGUCAAAAAAUGAAACCACA